GUCUUUAUUAUAUCAUGCUAAAAUUGUUUUGAAAGAAGUAAUCGAUAUUGCAAAGGAACUUACUGAUCUUACCAAAUCAUAUAAGCAUUAUGUUAUUUUACUGAUAGAUGGUGAUUAUUUAUGCACGUGUUUGGCUAUAAUUAAUCGUGAACUUUAUCUAGAAGAUAUUCAAGAUAGAGAUGAUCAAAAUAAUUUGCAAUAUGAAUAUAUGGAAAUAGAAACACAAUUCCAACAAGAUAGUAAUAGUAAUCACGAAUUAUUAGUAGCCGAUUUACAUAUUCUUAAUCAGCUUAGAGCACCAGAUACAUUCACAGCUGAUGUUAAACAACGCGUUGUGAAACUGAAUUUAUUGAUAUGGUUAAUGGAUUCAUCAAUUCGUAGACGUCCAUCACAUAAACGUAUCAAAUCGGCAUUAAAAAAUGCACACCAUAGCAUUAAAAUUAGUGCUCUUAAUCCACCUGAUCCUAAUUUACAAUCUUCAUCAAGAAUCCCUUUACACACUUAUGAUGUUAGCAAUUAUGGACAAGAUAAUGAUUAUAUAGCACUUGAUGAUAUAG